UGCUUGGAGGAGUAAGAAACUUUGGACGCGAAAAAGGUCACACACAAAAAAUCUGCCUUUGUUCUCUUUAUGCUCGCUGGUCUUUUCUCAUACUCCCGUUAGUUGAAUUCAAUGGAGCUCCACAGCGAAACUGCGGUGAGACGGCUGAGGUCCAGAAGCGUCAAAACAGCAAACGAAAAAGAAACAUCAACUACGGAGAAAAAUGUCCUUACAGAAGCCAAAGAUGCGAAAUCCCUGGCAGGACAACAUUUAGGCGCACGCGCAGCACUUGGCGAUAAAAGCAACAACACUAAAGCAAAAGCUGCACGGAUUCAACAACAGCUUUUACAACAAAAGAAAGAAUCACAUACCCAUCAACAAUCACAGCAGCAGCAACAGCAGCAAAAGGAACUGGACGAUGAGAUCAAAGAGUUCUUUUCAGACAAUGCUGAACGAUACAAAAAGGACGAUAAAAAUCAACCCUUCGUGAUGCCUGUACUACCCAUCGAGGCUCCUCAACGUGUUUGGAAACGCUUUGAACUCACCAGAUCCCUCUCCCAGGCGCAGUUGACAAGCAAAAGAGACCGAAUGGCACCACACAUGUCUUCAAAUAAUCCAUCAUACUCAAUGUCCGAAGAUGACCGCGAUAUGUAUAAAGAAGCGUUAGCCUACGAUCGGGAGCUAGAACUGCGUGCUGAACAGGCAAAACUGCAGGACCCAACCUACGUCGCAUCUCGGCGUGACCCAAUGUUAGUUGAAGAAUACGAGGAGGAAAUAUUCAAACAUCUCCGUGAAUCAGAGCUUGAAACACUUGCCGAUCCAGAUUAUAUAUCGAAUCACACAGAAAUAUCAUGGAAAAUGCGUGGCGUACUGAUAGACUGGGUGAUUGAAAUCCACUACCUGUUCCAGCUGCUUCCAGAAACAUUAUUUCUGGCUGUAAAUAUUAUCGACCGAUUUCUCUCCAAACGCGUUGUAGCACUUAGCAAGCUGCAACUGGUGGGCAUUGCCGCCCUUUUCAUUGCGACCAAGUUUGAAGAGGUCAGCUCGCCACGGCUCAAGGAUUUCAUCUGGAUGACCGACCAGUCACUCAAGGAGGAAGAAUUGAUGAAGGCCGAACGCUUUGUUGCUCAAGUGCUCGAUUUCAAGCUGACCUAUGCCAAUCCACUCAACUUUUUAAGACGCGCAUCAAAAACAGAUGAUUAUGAUGUCCACAGUCGCAUGCUGGCAAAGUACUUUAUGGAAAUAUCUUGUGUGGAUCAUCGUUUUAUUCCUAUCCCACCGUCCAAAGUCGCCGCCGCUUCGCUAUGGCUUUCACAACGUAUACUCACUAAUGGAACAUGGACGGAAGAAAGAGCACGGCUGGCUGGCUACAGGGCGUCUGAAAUUCGACCAGUGGUCCAGCUCAUGUUGGAUUAUGUGUCCCAACCAAUGAUACACGACGCGUUCUUCCGAAAGUGGGCCUCGAAAAGGCUGAUGAAGGCUAGUGUGUUUGUACGUACAUGGGUUCAACAGUAUUAUAAGAACAAUAUACAAGUGGGCUUUUCGCACGGCCGAAUCGACAAAGCUCGACAUUUAAUGUGGCCUUUGCCACAAGUACGGAGCACAUUAACCGUGGCGUGUACAGGACAGUUAGCGAUACGAUACGGUUGUUGUUGCUGCUCUGCUGAUAUUAGUGGGAUGCAUUCAAUUAUCCAAGCGUCGAGUGUGUUGUUCUAACGUCGAUCGCCGCCUGAAACCAGGACUAGGGCCUGAAACCAGGACUAUGGGACUUAAAUCAUGCAUGAAAGCUUGGCUGGAUGAGAGAUGGGUGCUUACGUGAGGACUUUUUUCUUCGGAUGUAGUAUCGCAAAAUGACUCUUUUUUCACACUAUGUGUAUAUAUCAUAAGAUGAAUGACAUCCCUUCCCCGUUUCGGCGAAUUUGCGAUUAUGUGAAGAACAAGAUGCUCUGUUGCUAUAUCCAGUGUUUUCACGCUUACCCUAAGCUUAAUUAUGUUCUGCUCCGAUUUUAUGAAUGACAGGUUAACCCAGGAGUGAAAACUGGGGAAAUACAAACAGAGCUAUGCCAUUUAGAAACCCG